AUGCCCAUGGACCUAUUCGAGGCUCAUUUAAGAUUCUCAAAACUACUAAAGAGAUUAGAUGCAACGCAGGGGUCGAUACAACAAGUUGUGGCAUUUGCUCUAGAGUAUCAUUCGACAUGCGGAGAGGACUUUUGGGAGACAGUACUGCAAGAAUGUCGUACGGGCUCUACAAACAUGCGCAUCAAUCUACUCUACUUUCUUGACUCACUAUGCGAAGCCUCGGCCCAGAGUGCCAGCAACCAACGCUCAAAACCGUCAUCAUCAACCAAGCCCGUGGGCCCAGGUCUUUACUACGUCAAUCUGCUCCAAAAGGAUCUCUCCUCGAUUAUUGAAUGGGUCGUUCCAGAGUCAAGAGACGGCUUGAUCAACGUACAGAGCGCAAUGCAGGCAAAAAAUUGGCGUAUGAAGCGAAUUCUGGAUCCUAAAAAGGUGGAAGCGGUUAUCGCUUCCCUCCAGGAGCGACGAGCGAGUAUACAAGCCAUCAACGCUCAAAAUCCCUCAAACGGUAUCAAAUCGUCCCAUGAACGAAUAUCUAGAUCUCAAGCUAUGCGACGAAUAGAAGAAGACAGAGAACGGCACAAAUUAUUACGAGAAAGAAGAUGGGUCCAGCGGGUAGACCGCUCUGAUUCGACUCAACCGACCCUUGCUGUCCUUCUUCCAAACUCGUUACCGCCAAUAGCAGUCUCCAAAUCGAUGCCACCAACACCAUCCGACGCCAUGGAUACUGACGAGACGGCAAGAGCGGGAUCCGAUUCGCGACCACAGAACUCUCCGCAGUUGGCCAUCGACAUCGAGUUUGAAAAUGCAUGGGAGACGACUUCUGACUGGAACGAAGACGAUAUUGAUGCAGUCUAUGAAGAAUAUAUGCUGUGCUUUCCGGGCACAGCUCCAAAGAAACCGCUGCCGUGA